AUGGGGUUGUCACCGGCCACUGGUGCUUCAGCUCCGACGCGUGGCGGCAAAAUGGAACUCCAGCAAUGGCUUUGUGAUAUUAAUGAAUGCAAUGAGGGAACAGUGUUGUGCCCUGGAGGCUCUACUUGCGUGAACACUAUCGGGGGCUAUCACUGUAGUUAUAAACGCAAGGCCAUCUUUAUAGGUGUGGGGAGUCCUCUUGGAUUAUUAGUUCUACUUUUUAGUACAUGGAUACUAUACAUAUUCAUAAAGAAAAGAAAAGAAAUUAAACGCAAGAAAGCAUUUUUCAAACGAAAUGGUGGCCUUUUGUUGGAACAACAGAUACACUCAAGUGAAAACAAUGUCGAGCAAACGAAGUUGUUCAAGUCAAAAGAGUUAGAGAAGGCAACUGAUAAUUUCAAUAUAGACAGAGUUCUUGGGCAAGGAGGCCAAGGCACUGUGUACAAAGGAAUGUUGAAAGAUGGAAAGAUUGUUGCUGUGAAGAAGUCUAAAAUAAUUGAUGAAGCCAAACUCUCUGAAUUCAUCAAUGAAGUUGUCAUUCUUACACAAAUCAAACAUAGAAAUGUUGUCAGGCUAUUGGGAUGUUGUCUGGAGAUAGAUGUUCCACUUCUAGUUUAUGAAUUCAUCCCAAACGGAACACUUUCUGAGUAUAUUCAUGACAAAAAUGCAGAGUUUCCUUUCACAUGGAACAUGAUAUUACGAAUUGCAACUGAAGUUGCAGGAGCUCUUUCAUACUUACACUCAGCAGCUUCUUUUCCAAUUUAUCAUCGAGAUGUCAAGUCUACGAACAUACUCCUUGAUGAAAAAUUGAGGGCAAAAGUUGCAGACUUUGGUACAUCAAGAAUUAUCUCCUUAGAGCAAACUCACCUAACCACUUUAGUUUAUGGCACAUUUGGCUAUCUAGAUCCAGAAUACUUUCAGUCUAGCCAAUUCACAGAUAAGAGUGAUGUUUAUAGUUUUGGAGUGGUUCUUGUCGAGCUCUUGACCGGACAAAAAGCAAUAUCUGCAACAAGGUCAGAGGAGGAAGGAAGAAGUUUGGCAACAUAUUUCAUGAUGACAAUGGAGGAAAAGAGCAGUAGUUUGUUCGACAUUCUUGAUGGUCAAGUUCUCAAAGAUGCGCCAAAAGAAGAGAUCUUAAUUGUUGUUGAUCUUGCAAAGAGAUGCUUACAUUUGAAUGGAAGGAAUCGACCUACCAUGAAAAUAGUAGCAAAGGAGUUAGAGAGGAUUCAAGGCAUUGAUAAUAAAGAUUCCAAUGGUAUUCAACAUAAUUAUGAAGAUUUAGCAUAUGCACAACCUGAAAUUGCAGACUACUCUUGGAAUGUUUCCACAUCAUCAAUAGGGUUAACUUUUGAUAGUGCUGCUACUAGCUUCUCGUUGCAUCAAGAAUUACCAUUGUUGUAAGGGUGAACAAAUAGUAAUAUCCUUUUUGUACGUAGAACUCUUCACUUAUUUUUUUCUAUCUCGAAUUUAGAGAUCAAUUAUACUUUGUGGUUUACUUUAUUGGAUAAUAUUGUUAACUUUGGUUUCAUCUGAUUGUAUAAGCAUUCAAUGCUUGGUACUUUUACUAUGUAAUAUAAUAUAGUAGUAUUCGUGUUUU